AUGGAUAUAAAAUCGCAAUUGGAGAACAAGAUUAUUGGAUUGAAAGAUAUGGAACCGUUUUCUACUCCUGAUCUCGUAAUAAAACUACCAUCGGGGGGACGAGCUUUGAGAGAACAGGGUUUUAAUUGGAAUUCUAUAGCCAGCUUAAUUGGUGUAAGCGUAUCUACUCUCGGACGACGACGGAAAGAGUUGCAGAUUCCUGAUGAUUAUCCAUAUACAACAAUCACAGAUGAAGAAUUAGAUGAAAUUCAGAGUGUUAGAGUACAUCGGGCCCGAGUCCGCGAAAGCCUUCAUCGCGUGGAUCCAAAUGGUGUAAUACAACGAUGGCAAUCUCUAAUUCCUCGAAGACAAUAUCAUGUCUCAGGCCCUAAUGCGCUUUGGCAUUUGGAUGGCAACCAUAAACUUAUUAGGUACAAAUUCGUAAUACAUGGAUGCAUUGACGGCUAUUCACGGCUUAUUACAUACUUGGCGUGUAGUACAAACAAUAAGGCUGCAACUGUCUUAAGGUACUUUCUGGAUGCUUGUAACAAGUGGCAUAAUGGGCCAUUACGAACUAGAAGCGAUCGGGGAGGAGAAAAUGUAGAGGUGGCAAGACAUAUGUUACAAACACGAGGAACUGAUCGUGGCAGCCACAUAUAUGGUCCAUCAGUUCACAAUCAAAGGAUCGAAAGACUUUGGAAAGAUUUAAAUCGCGUUGUCGGAAGGUUGUAUUUGUUGAUAUUCAGACAUUUGGAAGAGAAUUAUGCUUUCAAUGUUGAAAAUGAACGUAAUCUAUAUUGUCUUCAUUACACAUACCAACCACAUAUAAAUCGGACCUUAAAUGCGUUUACGGAAGGCUGGAACGAACACGGCAUACGUACAGAAAGUGGACGUUCACCACGUCAAAUAUUGAGUGAGGGUAUGAUUCGUAAUAAUUGGAGACAUUAUAGAGACAUUGUUGAUGAUACCUUCCAAAACGAUGAUAGUUAUGGUAUAGACUUAGAUGGUCCUGUUCCAAAUAAUAAUGUGCGUGAUACUGUUGUCAAUGUAUUACCUGUUAGUCUAAUUCUUAAUGAAAGCCAAUACUCUCAGCUUGCCGAAGCUGUCAACGCUAAU